AUGGCUCAGAGCAAGCGUCCUGCUAACCUGGCACCCCUCUCCAAGGAGGCCUUUGGUGCCAACGUGCAGCCCGCUGCAGCCACGCCGAAAUCCAAGGGGCACAGCAUCACUCGACCCACGCAGCUCUCGCUGGUCAUCGGAGGUAGCGGCGAUGCCAAGGAUGUGGAUGCCGUCACGCAAAAGUACAAUUCUCAAGGAUUCGGCAUUCCACCCAGCGAAGGAGGCUCCGCUAUCAAGUUGGACAGGAUCAUCUACGAGCGCAAGGCUCACGAGGGCGUGGAGGAUACGGCGCACAUCAAGGCCACUCUCGGGGCGACGAAUCAGGUGCCACUAGGUCUCAUCACACCCUUGCACGAGAUUCCCAAAGCCGGAGCUCCACCCGCGCUGCCAAAGGAUGCCAACCCGGUGCACAUGCUGCUCAGCUACAGCCUGCCCUCCUUUACCACCGCCAAGGCGCUGAAAGACAACUUUGAGGACUGGCUCAAGCUGUUCGCAGAGGGAAGCAAACAGAAUCUCACAUUCGACAUUGCUCUUCCUUUGGCUACCCCUGCUGCCAAUCAGAAAGAGGCGGACGACCUCAGAGAAGCUGUAGAGGAGCUGCUGAGCAAAGCUUGGGACGAGGAAGUUCAAAGGGGCAAGGCGGACGGCAAGUCGCAAGAAGACAUUGCCAGCAAUGGUCUCAAGAUUGUUGUUGAUGGAUGGGGUGCACCACCUCUGAAUGACGACAGUUCUCAGAUGCUGUCCAGCGAAGUGGUCAACGAGUGGACUGGCUUCGUGCGCCGCCUUGCGCUGCAUCCGCGCGUCUUUUUGAAAUUGUCGCCCCUCAAGUUGCCGUCUCCGAUCAGUUCUGGCAGCACUGCGAGUCGCGCAGUCGACAUUGCUGCGCCGCUAUCGGGCGCUGUUGGAGGAGCCACCAUCGCCUCGACGGCUCAGGCUGCGCUGGACGGAGCAGCCGCUGCAGUGAGGACUGCCACAGAGGUAGCAGCUGGGGCCGCCUCUGCGGCAGGUCUAGCGGGCACCAAGGCUGUCGCCAACAAUACGCCUCGGGGUCGCAGGGAUGAGCUUCGAGCCAGGUUGCGCGUGCUCUUGGAUGCUGCGCUGGAAGCUUUCGGGGAAGAGAGGCUGGUUUGGUCCGCUCACAUCAACAAGACUUCCCUGACGGCCGGCACGGAUCUGGCUUCCCAAAUCGCUGGCGAAGACGAAGAGUAUGCCAAGCUGUCUCCGCCUGAAAAGUGGUUCGAAGUGACGCGCGAAGCUCUUGCUGAUAUGGGUUUGACUGAACAGAGCUUGAACAACAUCUUCAACAC